ACAAUAGGUAUUGUGUUACGUUACAAAGGGAAUGUUUUUAUAACAUUGUGAACAAAGAGAUGGCUCUUUAUGAAACCAAUCAUAGAACUCGUGACAAUCAAUAAAAUUAGACGGGCUUGGUCAAUUGUUAGAAAAAAACUUCACCUUUCAGUGAGGAAAGCCAUAGAGAUUUUUGAAAUAAAAGACAAGUCAUAAGGCAAGUUUACCAAUUUAUUAUUUUUAUUUUUCUUUCUUUUUCUCUUCGUUUAUUUGUUUUUUUGUCUUUAGUAAAAACUUAAGAACAUCUGAGGUCUUAAAUAAUUUUUUGAGCUAUGGAUAUUCAACAAGAAAGUUUAAUCGAUUUUCCUGUGUUUUAAAACUCCCAAAGCAAUAGAGAAAGUGAAUUAUUUUCAUCUUUCGAUUUAUAGCAUUGUUUUGCAGGGAUGUCCAGUUUGUGUAUUCUCAGGUUUUUGUAAAAGUAUACAAGAAUACGGUUAAUAAAGCUAAUUAAGCAGCGACAAUGAUUUUAAAAUUGUUUCAAGAGUUUUGUAGACUAUCACUAUCUGGAACUUGUUAAGAAACAAAACAUUGUUUGGCAUAGGUAAAACGUUUAAAUAGUAAAAAAGUAUAUUAUAUUUCUUACGUAUUUAAAGCUAGCAAAAAAAGUAUUUUAUAACAAAGAGAGCAUCUCAUCGUACUACACCGGUGAAACAAACUUUCCAUUUUACUAAAAUUGGAUCAUAGCUGGUUUUACUGCGAAACAAAAGUUCAUUAUUUUGAUAUGAUUCAACAUUUUGACGGAGAACUUACUCUAACCGUCUCUUAUCAUAUAAUUUAAGCUUUUCUCGCAACUUAAUUGGCUAAUCUGCACGAAAUAUAUGCUGUAUUUUGUUUUUCAACCGAGAAAAGAGUGCAGUUUUUACUUAUAUAGAGUGCAAAAAGCUUAUAUUCUUCCUUUCAUUGGCUGAUUUAGCGUGCAAAAAGCUUAUAUUUUUUCCUUGAUUGGUUGAAAAUUCGUAGGAAAAGCCUAUUAUGUUCUUAAAAACGAAAACGGUCAGUGAAUCGGUGAAUUUAUUUUCACAAAUAUUCAUUUUAUGAUUCGCAAAUUUUGUUUUGUUUCAAUAGUCAUUAAAUAGUCAUUAAUCAUAGAUCACGCGCUCCCCACCGGCUAUGAGAAAAAACAGUCAACUUAAAAGAAUAAUAUUAUAGCACGACGAUGGAGUUCUGUGUUAUUUGGCUUAACAAUAAUAAUUUAUUCUUUUAAAAAUUAAUAGUUUUUAUUUCCAUUCAGCGUGACAUGAACAAAUAAAUUCAUGAAUACAAAUUAAAUAAAUUAUCUUGCAGUGAUUUUAGUGGCCCCCAUAACAAUGCUUGUUAAUAUCGCGAACAUAAUUAAGCAGUGUGCAACCGACUAUGUGAAAUUAACAUCAUAUAAGACCGAGUACAUGAUAAACAAGUUAUCGCACAUGCCCUCAAAAAGUAUCAGCUGAUAUUUUUUUUCAUUUUUUAGUUCUCGUAUAUUUCACUCGCCUAAAGGCUCAUGAAAUAUGUAACAAGAACAUAAAAACACUCAAAAAAUAUUGCCGAUACUUUUCUCGGCACUGUGCGAUAACUAGUACAUAUACCUUUUUGAACUGAACAAUGAAAUAUUAAAGCAUGUCCAUUAUGCAGAAUUGUAAAAUAACGUUAUGAAAAAUAUUCGCCCAUACAAAUUUCAAACUUAGUUCGUGAGAAGAGUACUAGGUACAAAGUACAAUAACUGCGUUGUCAUUAUCUCGUGACAAAUGUUACGUAAGAAAGCAAAUCAACACUUAUAUAUGUUUACAUUCCAGACAACUUCUUUUAUUUGUAUUGAAUUUUGUUCUAUUUUGUUUAUGCUUAGUCUGUUUGGUCUAAGUUGACGUUGAAAAUAAAACAAAAGUACAAACUUAUUGUCAUUGUUGUUGUCAUGACGGGUUAUAGAAACUGUAAUUAUAGGAUAUUGGAAAAUGAAAUGGCAAGUUUCAAUAAAAUAGCGAAAGUUCGGUCAAGUAUAGAUUUUGAUAAGAGAAAUCGAUACAGAAAGUACAAAAACUGACUCAUGCCAUCUUAUGAUAAGCUGUGUGCAAUUAAACAAAUAAACACUUGAAUAGAUAUAAAUUUCAAACAAAAAGUCGCCCUAUUUAUUGCUUAGCAAAAAUAGAGUACCAAAAAUCCUUUUUAACCCUCUCAGAGUGGUAUGUAUUGACUAUUACUCAAAAAUACCCCUUAUAUUUAAAAGAAAUUCUUAUCUUAAAAACAUUAAACUCUUAACACAACUAUAUUUCGUCAAGGGGAUUAAUUUUGUUUUGUAUUUAUUAACCCGACUUCCCGAUUUUUUCGGAUUUUCUUCGAAAAUUAAAAAAGAAAAAAUAUUUUAAAUAACGAGUUUGCCUAUCAUUAAAAAUUAAAGGAAUUAAAUUUAAAGCAGGUACCAGUGCAUCCAUUUUGUAUCAAGUUUAGUCGCACUUGGAAAAGAAUAUUAAAAGUUAUGGAGGGGAGCAGAGUUAAAAACUGGUACUGUAUUUUCACAUACGUUCCAAAAAAAAUUAGUUGAUGACAAAAACGUUGUGUAAGAUAGUGUGAAAAAUUAAAAAAUGAUGACUCAUUGUCAUCUUAUGACAAUGGUUAUGACAAGAUGUGUAACUAAAUAAAUAAACACUUGAACAUAUUUGCAUUACAAACUUCUCCUUUCUUAGCAUAUACGAAGAAAGAGCACGUACUUCUAUUGAAAAUUGAAAAUUUGUAUUAUAUCAUUAACGUAUAUUAUUUAAUAUUAUUUUUUAUCCCAUGUAUAAGAAAAUUAAAAAAGCUUGAAACCGUAAAUGUUUAAAUGGCUGGUGUCAUUGUGAUCAAAUAAACAUUUGAUCACAAUGCGUAUAAUGAAUAUACGUCAUUAUAUGGUCAAGUAGACGAAAGUGAUAGCGAUAAGUUGUCAGGGUAACCGAAAAAAAGUAAUAGUGAUAGAUUGUUUUUUUUAAUUACAGAGAUUGGGGACUUGGAUUCAAUCGUAAAAAGCCUAAAUAAUAGAAGCGAGCGUUCAAUGAAAACAAUAAGCCGAACAGCAUUUAACGUUGAAAGAAUAUCAGGAAAGGACAUAUAAUUACAUAUAUAUAUAAAAGAAAUCUGUUACACUGAAACAACGAACAAACGCACUAAUAAACAUUAUAUGUAGAAACAGAAGAAACGUUCUGUUAAGAGCAUUUUUGAAGAAAGAACGUCAACGCGGAUAUUAUAGUCAUGGCAACGGCAGUACCUCCAACAGGAUCUUCUCACCACGCAUUGAUCACUAACAAUGAAUAUCAAAUUAAAUUGGUCACGCUUCUCAAUGAAUGUUGUGACCACUUACGUGAAAUUUUACAUGAUCCUGCCCGUGGCAACAUGCCAAGAGAUAAGAAACAAUUAUAUCUGUCAUUAAAACAAUAUAAGAAACAUUUAAACCAUUUGAAAAGAGAUCAGCUGGAAAUCGUUUUUCCACAAGAUAAGGAAACAGAUUCGGGAUUGUUUGACAUCACUAUUUUAUGUGACGUUCUAAUUAAUUGUUGUCACGGUAUACAAGCACCAAUUGGUGGAUGGAGGACCAGAAAACCGCAACCAAAUGAUUUCAGUGUCGGUGCUGACAUCAUUCGAAUCAGAAAUGAGCGCAAUAAUGUUAUGCAUGGAAGAGCAAUGAGUUCAGCACAAUAUAAUCAGCUAUGGAAUGCCAUAGAAGGUAUAUUAAGAAGACUCGGAUACGACAUAACAAAAAUUAAAGAUUUGAAAUCUGGUUGCUUGAAUGACUUAGACUUAUUUAAGAUCAAAAUUAUCAAAGCAGAUACUGAAAUUUUAAAUUUCAAUGUUAACAAUAAUAAAGACAGUAUUCAGCAAAACGAAGAUGGUAUUAAACAAAAUCAAGGUGACAUUAAAGCAAGUAAAAACAGUAUUCAGCAGAACGAAGAUGGUAUUAAACAAAAUCAAGGUGACAUUAAAGCAAAUAAAGACAAUAUUCAGAAAAACAAAGGUGGUAUUAAAGAGAAUAAAGAUAAUUAUAACCGAUUAGCAGCCGAAGUGGAAAUAGUAAAGCAAACUAUCUCUUCAUCAUCAUGUGAUCAGAAGAGUUCUCAGUUGGAAGAAACUAUAAGAGAACAACCCAGCUAUAUACUAUUAAAAAAUUUCCGGGGAGAUUUUCUAAUACAAUUUGAAGAUGGCUGCUCGCAGUGGUCUAUGAAAAGUGUACAAGUCAUCAUUACUGAAAAUUUUGCGAUACAAUCAAUAGAACUUCAUGUCGACAACGAUUACAUUGUGGAAGAAGAAGAAGGGAAACUAAUCCUGAUUAUUUACAAUCACAUUGCCGAAUUUAUUAAUGGGUUAUCAGUUACGUUAGUUGACAGUGAAAGUAAAACUCAAUUGAUUCCAAUUAAAGAUAUUGCACUGGUCCGAGCACAUAUGUGUACAACCAGCUAUUUUGAUGUUAGAACCCACAACAGUGGAAGAAUAUCUGAACAGAUAAAAUGCAUUGUAGGAGCAGAAAGAGAAGAAACAAAUAUUGAAUUUAUAUGUGGUGGUAGCCUGCAAACAAUGGAACCUGAGGAGUACGAAGCAUUUGAAAGAGAUUACAUCCAGCGUUAUUUCACCGUCAAUGGUAAAUGCAUGGAAGAACCCCUCCAAAUUCCACCCCCAAUGCCAAACGUCACACAUUCCUUAUUCGCACAAAAGAUAAAGGAUGUUAUAAUCGAAUUACAACAUCAUAUGUGUACAAUAUUUACUCAUUAUAGCACGAAGGAACAUAUUCGAUUUCUAAAACUGGAUAAAGAAUUUUCUUUGAGUUUGGAAAGCACAAUUACUGAUAACAAAAGAAUUCUACUUGUGUUGCCAAAUUAUAUCGUCAACAUUAGAUAUACAGAAACAACCGACGCAGUAAGAAUACAAGAUGAAGUCAAAGCAGGCGAAGAAGACUUGAAGGAGCUUUCUAUCAUCAUUAAAAAAUAUUUUAAAAAUGGUCACCUGACAAUGGUAAAUGUUGUAGCUGCACCACAUUUUGCAGAUAUCGAAAAUAUCCACCUUUGUGUUGACUGCAACUUACUCUCCAAAACAACUUUGGCUGAGGAUAAAAAUAUGACGAAGUUCUUUUCAAAUAUUUUGCAAAGCUCACAAGUACAAAAUAAUGUUCAGGACAACAAGGAACGGUAUAUCAACAUAGUUGGUAAAGUCAUGUGUUUUAUGGCUACAAGAAAAGCACUCUAUUCUGUUCCUUCACUCAGUAACAACGUCCACGAACAAAUAAGCUCGUUAAUACUUUCUCCACAGCAACUCCGUCAUUUAUACAACAACUCUUUAAAAAAAAUUAUAAUCGGUCCUCUAGGCAGUGGUAAGACAGUGCUAGCUUUAGCACAUUUGGAAAUAGCUUACGAGCGCUCUGAGAAUAGAUCGAUCAUAUACUAUGUUAUUUGGGACGGCAACACAUUGCUGAAACGGGAUAUUGUCAAUCUUACUAAAAGAUUUAAUUACAAAGCCGCUGUCGAAGUUGUUGUAAAGGAUACUGUCGAGUUAGCUAAGGAUUUGAAAAUGAAUGAAGUGCCAACACCAUACCAGCUAUUAGAGUCAUUGGUUAAGAAACAUGUUGACCAAAACCUGCAUCUAAUAAUUGAUGAAUUAAAUGGAGAGUUCUUUAACAAGGAAGAAUCAUCUUUGCUUAAACACUAUCUGGAAACUGAAGACAAAUUAAAUAACUCCUUCAUCAUUUUUUUCCCACAAUCUAUUGAGAAACAUAGAACAUUAAUUUCACACCAAAGAGUCACAAUACAUGACAAGUACAAGUAUGAAGAAACAGGAAUGAAAGUAUUAAAACUUAACAGAGCAAUGAGAACAACCCGGAUAAUCUUUCAGUUUUUAAAGGCUUUUGAAAAUGAAGUAGAACAAGACAAGGUAACAAUGAAGCUUCCCGAUCAGGAAUCAAAAGGUGGAAUGUCCACCAAAACAAAUAUCGAAAAAAUACUGAAUUUCUUUUCCAAAAUUUGGAAAAAACAACCACAACAGCGGCAAGAGCCACAACGGCGACAACAACAGCAGCAGCAGCAGCAGCAGCAGCAACCACCACCACCACCACCACAACAACAACAACAACAAGGACAAACUACCAGUAGCAAUGUCACGCCGAUAAUAAAAGGAGAAGAAGAAGUAUUUGAAACACCGGUUGAUAUUGAUGUCAUUGCAGCUUCCAUACAAGAUGGGGAUCUUUCGGGUAAUGUUAGAAUUGACACUUCAUUGAAAUUUAAUACAGCUGAUUCAAUCGGUCAUAAUAUUGAAGGAACAAAACCGUUAUUGAUACAUCCGGCAAAUACUCCAACAACAGACAAAGAGUUUAUACCAAUGUUAGCACUUGUUUUACAAGAUGUAUGUUUGCAUCGUGCCACUAAACGUUUGUUCAUCUAUAACACAAUACCUCAAAAAGCUAUUUUUCAUAGAUUACUAAGACUAUUAAAGAUUGAUUUUUUUCACUACGACAAGUACACUGACUGGAAAGUUUUAAAUUGUGAUGAUAUCAUAGUUAAAAAUCUCUUGCAGAGUCAAAAUUAUAACAUGCUCACUACUAUUGAGGGAAGUCGUGGAGUUGAAGCAGCCGAAUGCAUCUGUAUAAUUGAAAGCAAUGAUUGCAAGUUAAAACAUUUGACGUUAGAAGCAAUGUCCAGAGCGACACAAAAACUGGUCCUUGUUUCAGCGUCCAACGUCUACCAAUCGGAUACAGUAAAAUCAUCAACUGGUCAUAUCAUCAGUAAACUGUUAACUGAACAUCUGGUUGAAUACAAUGUAGAAGUCUCAAACGAUGAAGAUACAGAAAUACCGUUCACAAAGUCUAUGGAAAGUAACAAUAAAAUAGUUUUUAACAUAAAACCACAAUAUUGGAAAUUCAAAGAAAUGAUAAAAGAUUUGGAACAUAUUGGUUUUCAGGUGACGGAUGAACGCCUAAAUGCGCAUGAGAUCGUUAGGAAAAACCUUUAUCCUCCUGGAAAAGUGAGCAAUAUAAUUUGCUCAUAUUUGUCACGUAAAUCAUGCAUAUUGAGAUGGCAAAAGGACGCUAAUAAAUACACCGUUAGAAGACAAGAAAGUAAAAAUUCAACCUGGAAUAACUUAGCAACUGACAUUUCUUGCAAUCAAUACAUCGUUGAUGACAUGGUAUUUGGUGAAACGUGCAAGUUUUGUGUUGUUGCUAAAAAUCAUCUUGGUGUAUCUGAUGACAGCAUUGUGUCUUAUCGUCACGAACUUCCAAACGUCAAGGGUGUCCAAUUUGAAGAUAUCGUGAAAAUUAUUUACACUAACGAUAUCGAGCAACUGAAAAAAUUACUAUCUAUUCAUCCAAACAUCGUUCACAUGAGAGAUGAAUAUAAACACACACCAUUGAUGUGGACAGUAUGUAACACGGACAAUACAUCAAUGGUGGAAAUACUCAUCUCAUAUGGAAGUGAUGUUUGGGCGGAAGAUAGUGUGAAACACAACAGUUAUCAUUACGCUGCAUAUGAUGGUCGUCACACAAUAUUAGAUAUGUUAUGUCGACAUGAUGUAACAAACAUCAACCGUGGAAAUGUUCACAACAGCACACCAUUAUAUGUUGCUUCAACCCGUGGUGACAUCUCAUGUGUUGAUGUUUUGUUACGUCAUGAAAAUAUUGAUGUGACGAUCGAAGAUAAAUAUGGAAGAACGGCUUAUGAUCGUGCUGGAAAAUGGAAUGAACAAAACCGGGAAAUAAUAAGACAAAAAAUAAAAGAAUACGAAGACAGGACGAAGUAAAUAUUUCAAAUGAUUUUGUUUUGAAAAACAACAAUCAGUUUGUGAGAUGAGGAACGAGUCCAUUUUUUAGUUUUAUUUAUAUUGUAAUAAAUUUAUUUGUAGUAAAACGUACUGAAACAUUUUUCUGUUCGAUUUUUAUCAAGCCUUGUUUCGUUUAUAUUUCAUUCAGGAAGCGACACAUGUCAAAGGUCACGUGUUUUUUUAAACUGUCUCAAACUUGCCGCAUGGUGCAAUGUAGAGUAAAUCUUAUUUAUUACAAACGUGAACUGAUAUACUUUCUCAACCUCGUCCCCAAGUCUUGUUAGGCCUUUUAUAUUUUGAAGGCCCUGGCUGAUCACGUGACGACAGAAUACCCACGUAUAGUGGGUAUUUUGAAAAUAAUUAUAAAAAUAUAAACAAGCAGUCGAGAAAAAAAUAAAAGAACUGACAGAAUUAUUUAGAAUGGUUAAAAUAACAUUGAUAAGAAAAAAAUAUAUAUAUAUUUUAUUAUAAAUAUUUUUAUCUAAAUAUUUUUAUAUAAAUAUUUUUUACAUUGUAAAAAAUAUUUUUAUUUACUUAUAAUAAUAUUAUUUAAUGUAUAAAAAAAACUGUUAAUAAAUAUUGUAUAAUAUAUUAAACAUUCACACUUG